GCCUGUAAAAGCGCAGGGUGUGGGACACUCACCACUUCCUCUAGCGCUUUACCUAAAUAAAGAGCACAAUUCAACAAACAGUUCCUGUGCACUCUUUGGAUUUGCUCUAUCUUUCUCUUCUUUGAUUUCACUUCACUCUUUCAACUUUUCAAAACUUCGUUGUGAUUUGAUUUUCCGCGAUGAGCUCCAACAAGAAAGUGGCAAACGCCGUCGGUGCCAAAACGGCAAGAGCGUGCGACAGCUGCAUAAGAAAGAGAGCUCGCUGGUACUGUGCUGCCGACGAUGCUUUUCUCUGCCAAGCCUGUGACUCCUCCGUACACUCCGCCAACCAGUUAGCUCGCAGACACGAAAGGAUUCUCUUGAAAACGGCGUCGUCGCUCAAACCCACCGAUAAGGAUGAUCAAGUUUCUGUUUCGGACAACCCAGCAGCACCGUCGUGGCACGGUGGCUUCACGCGGAAGGCCCGGACGCCGAGACAGGGGAAGCACAAAUCCCAAGAAGGUGCCCGAAACCGGUUUCCUCAGGUGCCGGAAAUCGGGGCAGACGAUAGCAACUCGUAUGACGAGGAAAACGAAGAAGAUCAGCAGCAGCUUCUUUAUAGGGUUCCCGUAUUCGAUCCCUUUGUUGCGGAGAUGUGCACUGCUACCACUUCUGCUAAUUCUAAUGAAGAAGCAGUUGCUAAUUACGAAUUAGCUAAUACUGGUGAUGUUUCUAAAGUGAGCUCAUCAUCACCUAAUUAUAAUCAUAACGGUCAUGAUGGGUUUCUGCUUCCCAGUGACAUGGAUCUUGCUGAUUUCGCGGCGGACGUGGAUAGUUUGUUGGGCAGGGGGCUCGAAGAUGACGAGUGUUUUGGGAUGGAAGGAUUGGGGUUAAUGGAUUCUAAAGAAAAUGAAUCGAAUUGUAGAGUAAAGCUUGAAGACGAGGAGGAGGAGGAGGAAGGGGGCACGGGAGGUGUCAAUUUUAUGGGGUGUGAAUUAGGUGAGACGCCGGAGAUUGAUAUGAUGAGAGAGCCGUUUGUGUUGAACUUUGAAGACUAUGACGACUCGCCGCAGUCGUGCGGCGAACAGGAUGACAAACUGGGAGUGGGAAUGAUGGAUACUACUUACAGUGGAGAUCAUCAACGACAUGAGGAGGUGCAUGCGGGUGCAAGUAAAAGCCGCAAGAAGAAGGAGAUAUUUUUGAGGCUGGACUACGAGGCAGUGAUUACAGCCUGGGAUGGCUCUCCGUGGACCUCCGGUGGUCGCCCCGAUUUGAACUCCGAAUGCUUGCCUGACUGCAUGGGUGUAUGUGCAACUGAACUUCAUUACCCAUACGGAGAUCUGAACGGGCUAGGGGUACAGCCGGCAAUGGCGGACGGAGGGAGAGAGGCGAGGGUGUCAAGGUACAGAGAAAAGAGGAGGACGAGGCUGUUCUCCAAGAAAAUAAGGUACGAAGUGCGGAAGCUGAACGCUGAGAAGAGGCCAAGAAUGAAAGGGAGGUUUGUGAAGAGAGCAUCCUUUGCAGGAUCUGCUUUUCCUGUGCUUACCAAAUGAUAUCCUUAAGUUAUGAGUAGCACUUGCCUCAGCCCAAAUGUUUACUUACACGCAGUAAGUGAAGUAAUUGAGUUUGUGUGUAUAAUUGCAUAUCUGCACAUGUAUUAAUAAACAUACUCAUCCUAAGCUUAAAGGCUAGCUCGUGGUCUACAUAUUUUAAAUGUAGCCGCCGCUUGUUUCGUUGUAAUUAUCAAAUUUUGUACCCCAUUUUUUGUUCAACUCAUAAAUUAGGGUUGAGUUAAGUCAGGCUGAUAUGUACAAUUAACUCAUCUUCUCAUUGCGGUACAAUUUUGUUU